UGAGUUUCAUAAUAUCGAGAGGUAAGGACGUAUAUACGUUGCUCUGCCAGCGGCACCUAAGUUUUAUUUUGCCUACUUUUCGAGGGACAUUUGUGUGGCUGGUUAUUAUUUUGAUUGUAUAUUUUUAUUUCUACUGUAAUUUUAUCAGUUAGUGUACUUUUGAGUUGUUAAUACAAAAUGCACCAAUGAAAAAAUUGUGUAGCGAUCGUGAAUCGUUGAAUUAAGCGAUUGUGUACGGAUGGUGGUGAACUCCACGCAAUCCAUCAAGUAGUGCUGUGUUGUGUAUCGCGUCGCCUUACCGCAUCACCCACCCAUCCUCUGUGCAAUAGUGUAUACCACGUGGAGCGAUAAGAUAGCUUUCCUUUCUCUACAGCCGGUGGGAUGCAAAUGUGUGAGUGAUUGAUGUAGAACGUAAGCGAGCUUCAAUCUUAGUAGCGUUCUGCAAGAAUGUCGAGCGACGCUGAGAGUACAAGUUCAUAGAGGUGCUGAAUGUUAAAAAAUAUGCCAAAAUAGUGCUGUACGUUGACUUAAUCUAGUAGUGAUAAUUGCUAAUUAAUGAAUGACUGCAAACAGCGAAGAAAAAUUAUGAAGAACUGUUCCUGGAUGCCUCUUUUGGCUGCGACAAUAGUGAUGUCAGUUUCCUCAAUAAUAUGCUUCAACUUUGAAACGCGUCUUCCUAUCGUCAAAUACGGAGCUACUAAUACUUACUUUGGAUAUUCGGUAGCAUCACAUACAGAAAAACUAAGGAGUGGAGACAAAAAAAGCUGGAUCCUUGUUGGAGCCCCACUCGGUCAAAACCUUCAACCAUCAACAAAUCGUUCAGGAGCAUUGUUCAAAUGCCCAGUAACUCAGCCGAGCAAUGAUUGUGAACAAGUCACAACAGAUGGUCGCAGAAAACCCUCUGGUGUUUACGAAACUGAUGAUGAGGAUGAUGAUGAGUUGGCACCACCAGGUGAUGACGAAAUUAAGAGCAAUCAGUGGCUGGGUGUCACAGUCCGAUCAGGUGGCAAGGAAGAUAAGAUUUUCGUAUGUGCGCAUCGGUAUAUGAAGAUUCAGCGUAAAGCAACGGAAAACGGAUUACAUAUGGGCCAAGGACUUUGUUAUGUACUAAAUAAUGACUUCUCAUUUGGAUUUGGAGUAGAAGUAUGUUCCGGCCGAUCUAUUGAAAGAGAACAUGAGCAGUAUGCAUUUUGUCAAUCCGGUACUUCGGGAAUGAUCUUAGAUGAUGGAACUGCAGUCAUCGGAACACCCGGUGUGAUGACCUGGAAAGGUACCGUGUUCGCAGUUGAGGUAGAUGGAGAGUUUUUGUCAAGAGACAAAACUCAAUAUUAUGGACCUCAUGAUAACGUAGAUUCACCUGUUCCAAAUUAUGGUUACUUAGGCAUGGCUGUAACUGGUGGACGAUAUUUUGGAGAUUAUAUGUCAUAUGCUGGCGGAGCUCCUAGGUCACGGGGAAAUGGACUUGUGAUAAUUUUUUCGAACAAAUAUAAGAGAAAUCCAAUUUUUAAAGAGAGAGAACUUCGAGGAGAACAAUUUGGGUCAAGCUUUGGAUAUGAGCUGGCCACUGCCGACGUGAAUGGCGAUCAUGCUCCUGACUUGCUAGUAGCAGCUCCUUUUUUCUUCUCUAAAUCUGAAGGUGGAGCAGUGUAUGUGUAUCAGAACGCUAACAAUAACUUUACUGACUUUUACACCACCAAACUUACGGGAAAACUUGAGUCUCGAUUUGGCUUGGCAAUUGCAAAUCUAGGCGAUAUAAACAAAGACGGAUGCGAAGAUAUAGCCGUUGGGGCUCCAUAUGAGGGUAACGGAGUGGUAUACAUUUAUCUUGGAACCCCUAGCGGGUUGUCCAAAAAACCAUCUCAAAUUAUUACGUCAGGCUCUCUAGGGCUGAACGUUCCAACUUUGAAGACAUUCGGCAGUUCCCUAUCUGGAGGAAUCGAUCUCGAUAACAACACUUAUCCGGAUCUAGUGAUAGGUGCAUACGACUCAUCUGCAGUUGUAACACUUUUGGCACGACCAAUCACAAAUAUCAAAACAUUUGUGACGAGCGAAGAAUUGCAGAACAUUGAUCCAACAAAACAAGGCUGUCCGUCUGAUCCUGGUGCCAAUGCCACGUGCUUUUCGUUUAACGCCUGCUGUUCAAUAGAACCAUAUGAAGAAUCAGGGCAUUCUAGUAGUCAAUCACAGCAUCUAAAACUUAUCUAUACGAUUGAAGCAGAAACAUACAACAAUUUGAAAAAGUUUUCUCGUGUUUACUUCGGACCUGAUACAAAAAAUCGAUCAAACAUUCUACGGAAGCAAAUCAGUGUGGUUACAGAUGGGCGUCAGGAAUGUCGCUCAGAAGUGGUCUACAUUAAAGAUAACACUAGAGACAUUCAAAAUCCAAUUCGUUUUCGAUUGAAUUAUACCAUCCUUGAUACGACACUGCCGACAUCAGCAUUAAAUAUAUUAAAUCCUAUUCUAGAUCAAACUCAAGCAGAUAAAACAUUCGAGGCUACCUUCCAGAAAGACUGCGGAAAUGAUGGAAUUUGUCAAUCUAAAAUAGAUCUGAGAGCAAAGUUAUCCUUGGAACAACAAGGUGACAAUACAUAUUCAUUAGUACUGGGACGAGACCGUGGUAUUUUACUGAAUGUGAGUGUAUCGAAUGUUGCAGAUUCAGCAUAUGAAACGCAUUUGUAUGUGAAACAUGAUCCUAGUAUAUCCUACAGUGGUACAAAGAGCCUCUACACGUGUACUCAAUUUAACGCAACUAUCGUCGAUUGUUCGCUCGGAAAUCCGAUGCGACGGAACACAGAUGCCAAAUUUUCUUUGCGGUUUGACCCGCAGCGAGUGGAUGACUUGGUGUCAAAACUAUCGUUUGAAGCAUUUGUCAACACCACAUCAUCGAUUCUUGCGGGGUCUCGGAAUAGCGCAGCUCUAGCGAUUAACGUUAUCAAGCGAGCAAAAAUCAGCAUAUCAGGAGCUGCCCAUCCAGAACAGACUUUCUAUGGAGGUGAUAUCAAAGGCGAAAGCGCCAUGGAAACCGUAGAAGACAUUGGCACACCUGUUCAACACAUAUAUUCGAUCUAUAACGAUGGACCAUGGCGAGCUCCGAAGGUUCAAGUUACCGUGCAAUGGCCUCACCAAGUCGCGAAUGAUAAACCUCAGGGCAAGUGGCUCCUCUAUCUUACAGAUAUACCCUCUGUAGAAGCAACGAACGGAGGAGAUUGUUUUAUCGAGCCUCCUGUAGCUAUGAACCCAUUAGGGCUGAAGAAAAGUUCUGUUCUGAGCGACUUGGUGCAAAUGGACCGCUACACUCAGCGGGCCCAUAAUAAAUCAUUCACAUUCUCAGCAGCUAAAUCUGAACGAAUAUCUUUUUCGAAACAAGCUACGGUCGCCUCAUCCGAAAGUACUCUUAACAGAGUAAGACGAGAUCGCACAAUGGUCAUUCGAGCCGAGCGUCUCACUGAUAAAGAUGGUAAACAGACUGACAUCGUGCAUAUGGACUGCAAACGAAAUACCGCCAAAUGUGUCAAAAUCGUGUGUAAUAUUUAUGAUGUGCAACCAAAAGCACAAGUACUUAUUAAUAUUACAGCUAGACUUUGGAAUUCUACACUAGUAUCGGAUUAUCCCAAAGUGGAUCUGGUGAAAAUAGGUUCUGUAGCAAUGAUUAAGGUAUUCGAGGUGCAACAGGACCACCUUUCUGAUUCAGUUAUGGUGGAGACUCUAGCUUACCCGGAACUAAUGGAUCAAACUGGUGAUGGAUCCAUUCCCAUCUGGGUUAUCAUCCUAGCUAUAUUGAGUGGCUUGCUUGCAUUGGCUUUUUUAAUAUACAUUCUAAAACGAUGUGGCUUCUUCAAACGGCGGAGACCAGAUCCUACUUUAAGUGGUAAUUUAGAAAAAAGUAGUGAAAGUAAACCGUUUAUUUCUUAAGAGCAGUCUAAACCUUAUCAACACUUGAGUCUAAACCUUAACGUAAAGUUAGCAAAGUCAACUUUGAAAGUGAUAUGCACUAUUAUAAUAGAGUGAUAGAUAUGAAUAUAAACAAUUUUCGACCCUCCAUUAGAACAUAGGUAGCAGUAUUUUUUCUGCGCUGAAACAGCACAUGGACAAAUCGUAGAAUUCUAGAGCAUUACAAUCACGGCCAUCUCAUCUAAAACAGCAACAAACUCGACAUACCUCCUGUUCCGUUAUGUAUGUAAGAUUACCCAAACUUGAUCGAUAAAAACGUUUAAUUAAGAUGCUACAAAUCUAAAGACUGAAAUUAUAUUUUUACAGCCAAUUGUCAAAGAGCUGGUAUUAUUGUCAAAUGAGAAAAAAAUCAAUGUACUUAGUCUUAUGCUACCACUAAAAGUGUAGACAUCAAUGAGAAAUCGUUUUUGUUAAUCAUCUUUUUCGUUUAACUUUUCCUAAUAUAAUAAAAGUUUAACCACUGAGGUUAUUUACUUUUUAAAAUUGUGUUUCAUAAAUCUAUGAGUUUUUAACAACAGUAUAAUGACAAAGUCCGCUUGCUCUAGAAUUUUUAGACCGAUUUUCAAGGGGUUUUGAAAUAUACGUAGAAAACGAAACAAAUUGUUAAAAUAAUGAGCGGAUAAUCAUUAUUCGCCGGAAGAUAUGAUAUGUCUGAAAACAAUGGAUAAAAAAGAAUUUACAUCUUGCCUAUUCAAAAGUGCCAUUAUAUAAUACGGAGUAAGAGAGAGGUAUAAGCAAAAAUAAAAAAGGAGUUUCCUCUUUUAUAUAAAAUUUUGCCAGGAAUUUUCAAAUUAUUCUAACACAUGACACAUCUGAACAACGAAUUGUUUUGGUUCCUGUAGGAUACACAGUACGUGAUGUGAUACUUUCUUUGGUUAAUUACUAUUGCCUCUUUCUACUCCAUAUCAUUUUAGUUACGUUCAAUUCUGACUGGAGAUAUCGGGGCUUAUAACGGGAGGCACUUCUCGGUGAAAUGACAACCGUAAUAGGCACAGUGAAAGUGAUUCUCAUUUGAUUUGCACGCGUCUUUUUUCACCGUGAGAUUUUUCCCUUCGUUCUCACCGUGAGGUGACAUCCGUAAUAAGCCGCAUCAUGUACUCAGAAUCAUAAUUAUUCGUAUAAUGCAUCAACAUUUUAGAAAUAAUAGUAAUAACUAUAAGCAUGGUUGUUGAAUUAAGCAAUAUCAAUGGUGGAUCUACAAUCAAUGAACAUAAAUUGUUAACUUUUAGAAAAAAUAAUAAUAAAAAUUGAACUUUAAA